UCUUUCCUAUAAAACCAACCCACCUUCGCUUCUUCUUCUUCAUCACAACACAAACACUUUGAUCUACAGAGAGAUCUUCAAAAUCCCAUUCACUACUCAAAUCGGUUCUUUUUAUUGUUGAUUGUUGUUUGAGUUUGGAGAAAGAAAAUUAAGAUGAGUCAUAUGAGGAAAGCUUGGAUAGUGGCAGCAAGUGUGGGAGCAGUGGAGGCACUCAAGGACCAGGGCUUCUGCAGAUGGAAUUACACUAUGAGGUCUAUUCACCAGCAUGCCAAGACCAACCUCAGGUCCUUUUCUCAGGCCAAGAAGCUCUCUUCUUCCUCUUCUGCCAUGGUUUCUAGCAGAGUGAGAGAUGAGAAAGCCAAGCAGUCAGAGGAGUCUCUGAGGACUGUCAUGUACUUGAGCUGCUGGGGACCCAACUGAGGAAGAAGAUAUGAAGAUGGAUGAUCACCAACCUACUAGCGAAGCAUCCAUGGAGGGCAUAUUCCAAGAAAGUGAUAACUCAUAAGUGGAGUGGAGAUCAGUUUCAUGGAAUUUUUCCUAGAAGACAAACAAGGUGGAAAUCCAGAAAUUAAUUAGAACCAACUGCUAAUAGUUGGCGUCUCUGAGUUAGGAAUUUGUUAGCAAAAGGCAGCUUUGGUGUAUAUACGAGAUGAUUUCAAUGUAUAUUUGAAAUAGAAAUCAGAUUUAUUAUCAAAA